AUGGAUCGUCGCCGCGACCACCACCAAGACCCAUAUGCCGACGACGACGUUGAUGCUGAUCUCGACUUGGAAUUGAACGAGCUUGACCCAUACGACACACCACAGAACAAACGAGGAUUCGGACGACGGAUACCGCUUCGGAACCUGCGACGACGACCACGCGAGGACGAUGAGGGUCUGAAAGCGUUAGUGGGUGGAGACGAUGAGGACGGCGAAGGACGGAGACAAAGCAACGCUGGCGAGGAGAGCCGCGGUCUGCUGGGCGGCGGAGAAGUGGAGGGCACGAAUCUGAAUGAGGAAGGAGCAGGGACAGGUGGCGACUUCCGAACACGGCGACGAAAAGGGCUAUGGCGAUUCUUACCCUUCGGACGAACCACCUCCAUCGCCCUCCCCACCACCGACUCUCCUAUCGACUCUCCCGCCUCGAAUCGCAUAAUUACAGCCGGCAACAUCCACCCCUCCAAAACCCAGAGAUACCCGCCCAACACAAUCUCAAACACCAAAUACACCCCCCUUAAUUUCCUCCCUCUGACAUUAUACCAUGAGUUCAAAUUCUUCUUCAACCUCUACUUCCUCCUCGUCGCCCUCAGCCAGAUCAUUCCAGCCCUAAGGAUAGGGUAUUUGAGUACGUAUGUGGCUCCCUUGGCUUUUGUGAUGAGUGUGACGUUGGGAAAGGAGGCCUGGGACGAUUUGGGGAGGAGACGGCGGGAUAGAGUGGCUAAUGGGGAGGCCGUGAGGGUGAUUAGGUUUGGAGCAGGUGGUGGUGGAGCAGGGAUGAAGGAGAGGAGAAGGGGAAAGAAAGGGGGUGCGGGGAGGGAGGGCAAGGGAGGUGGAGGUGGGGACAAGGUUGCGGCGGCCAGGGUCAAGGAGAUGAUUAUACCGAGUUGGAAUCUGAAGGUCGGGGAUGUGAUUGUCCUGAGCAAGGACCAGCGGGUGCCAGCUGAUGUGGUCAUACUGAAGAGUUUGUCUUCCGAGGCAUCUACGAACAUACCCAGUGACGACGCCGAAGAGGGCGAAGGUUCUGACACAACUCUGGUGGACACCGAUGCUCGCGCAGGAGACAAGUCAAAACCGGAUGUGGAUAACAAAACCAUGUCCGAAGAUCCAUCAGGCGGUGGUGAAGCCUUCAUCCGUACCGACCAACUAGACGGCGAGACAGACUGGAAACUGCGUCUCGCCUCUCCCCUUGCCCAAACCCUCCCUACGAGCGAAUACAUCCGUCUACGAGUAACAGCCGGGAAGCCCGACCGAAACGUCAACGGCUUCAUCGGCACCCUCGAGCUCCUCCCAGCCACGCCAUCACGCCAUCAACCCUACGACUCAGCCUCACCGAUCGAAGCCCAGGGCACCUCGGCCAAUAUCCCACAGUCGACAGCUUUGACAAUAGACAACACAGCCUGGGCCAACACGGUCCUAGCCUCCACCACCACCGUUCACGCCGUCGUCAUCUACACCGGCACCCAGACUCGCGCGGCAAUGAGCACUUCCUCCAGCCGAAGCAAAACUGGAUUGCUGGAGAACGAAAUCAACACUCUGACCAAAAUCCUCUGUUUCUUGACUGCAGCUCUCAGCUUGACAUUAGUUGUUCUCGAACGUGUCCAGCCCGCCGCGCCGAGACCAGCGGACGGAUCAGAGGGAUAUGCCGUGGCAUUCACGAGAUUCCUGAUUCUCUUCAGCACCAUCGUACCCAUAUCCUUGCGAGUGAAUCUCGACAUGGCGAAGAGCGUCUACGCAUACUUCAUCCACCGCGACCCUGGCAUUCCGGGCACUGUGGUGAGGACUUCAACUAUACCUGAGGAUUUGGGACGAGUGGAAUUCCUGCUAUCGGAUAAGACGGGGACGCUGACGAGGAACGAGAUGGUGUUGAGGAAGGUCUUUGUAGCUGGGCAGGGUUUUGGAGGUGCCGAGGGGCAGGGGGCGGUGAGAGGGUUUGUGAGGCGGGCUUUUGGCGGCGCGGGUGGGGAGGGUGGACUGUGGACGCCGGGAAAGGCGGAGGAGAUGGGAAGUCUAAACAGCGAGACUGCUGGUGCUAGUGGAGGUAGCCGGAGCAAGAGGAUUGUUGCUGCACGCAUCAGAGACCUGGUUGUGGCAUUGGCGUUGUGUCAUAAUGUCACCCCAACUUCCGAAGAGGAGGAUGACGGGGAGGGUGGGAUGAGGGCAGUAACGACUUAUCAGGCCAGCUCGCCAGACGAGAUAGCUAUUGUGCAGUGGACAAAAGCUGUCGGAUUACGACUGGCUCAUCGCGAUCGCAAGACUAUCACGCUCGAAUCUGCGGGCGAUGAUGGGGAGGAAAGCAGGAUGGUAGUCAAGGCGGAGAUCCUGCAUGUCUUCCCCUUUACAAGCGACAGCAAACGGAUGGGCAUCAUCCUCCGCUUCUUACGGUAUACGAGCCCACAGCAUAGCAGCAACGAUAACGUGGAGGAUGGAGAGGAGGCGAUUGUUUUCUUCCAAAAGGGUGCCGACACGGCUAUGGCGCCGCUGGUUCAACCUACGACGUGGCUGGCGGAGGAGACGGACAACCUCGCCCGUGAAGGUCUAAGGACUCUGGUAAUCGGCCGGAAGCAAUUAUCGAAGGAUCAAUGUGCGCAAUUCAACGCCGCUUACUCCGCGGCCUCUCUCGCCCUAUCCGGUCGCGACGCUGCGAUGGCGAAAGUGGUGAAACAGCAUCUAGAAUGCGAUGAAGAGCUUCUCGGCAUCACGGGUGUAGAAGACAAACUCCAAGAGGGUGUGAAAAGUAGCCUGGAGGUGUUAAGGAACGCAGGAAUCAAGAUCUGGAUGCUCACGGGCGACAAGGUGGAGACAGCCCGUUGUAUCGCGCUCUCCUCCAAACUCGUCCCUAGAGGCCAAACCAUUCACACGGUCGCCGGCUUGAAAACACCACAACAAGCUCUAGACGCCCUCCUCCCACUCCAAAACACCAUCGGUGGAAGCGGCGGCCUCGCAGCAACCGCCACAGCAACCGCCUUACUAAUCGACGGCCAAUCGCUCGCCCUCCUCCUCACCCACCACACCCAAACCUUCAUCGAAACAGCAGUGAAACUACCAGCCGUCAUCGCCUGCCGCUGUACCCCGACCCAGAAGGCCGUCCUCACUACCCUCAUCCGCCAAUACACAGGCAAACGCACCCUAGCCAUCGGCGACGGUGGCAACGACGUCUCCAUGAUCUGCGCAGCGGAUAUAGGAAUCGGGAUCGAAGGCAAAGAAGGCCAGCAAGCCUCCCUAGCAGCCGACUUCUCCGUGAAGCAAUUCUCACACGUCACGAAAUUACUGCUCUGGCAUGGAAGGAAUAGCUAUAAACGGUCUGCGAAGCUGGCGCAAUUCGUGAUAUACCGCGGUCUCAUCAUCAGUGUCGCGCAGACCGUCUUCAGCGUCGCUGGGGGGUUUGAGCCCGUGGCCUUGUAUCGGGAUUGGUUGCUGGUGGGGUAUGCGACGAUCUACACCAUGAUGCCUGUUUUCUCCCUCGUGCUGGAUCGGGAUGUGGAUGAGGGGUUGGCGAGGCUGUAUCCGGAGCUUUAUAAAGAAUUGGUUGGGGGCAGGAGUUUGAGUGUGAGGAGUUUUGGAAUUUGGUGCGCGGUUAGUUUGUAUCAGGGUUUGGUUAUUCAGGGAGGGGCGGAGAUUCUGUUACCUUCGUAUCUUUCUCCGACGACUACGGGACAGGGUCUGGAUACGACCACGGCGCCCUUUCGUCGCAUGGUCUCGAUCUCGUAUACGGCCCUCAUCCUGACGGAGAUCUUGAUGGUGGCUAUUGAGAUCACGACAUGGCAUCCUAUCAUGAUCUUCUCCUGCCUUGGAACGAUACUACUGUACUUUGCUACUUUUCCGACGCUGGGGGGGUACUUUGACCUGGGCUAUGUGGUACAAGGAGGCAUGGCACCGUUUUGGUGGCGGGUGGGGCUUGUUACUGCGGCGAGUGUGGUGCCGGUUGCGGUCGUGAAGUGGAGUGGACGACGGUGGAGACCUAGUGGGUGGAGGAAAGUUAGGGGUUAA